AAAGAUUUCAUAGAGGAAUACCGAAGAUGAAAACUAAUUUAACUUUUAAUAAUGAUAGCAUGGUGGAGGAUAGCAGUAUGAAUGGAAGCGUGGAACAGGUUCGACUCAUAUUACCUUAUAGUGUCAUUCUUCUAUUGGCUGUAUUGGGGAAUGUUCUUGUUAUAGUCACACUAGCUGUCAACAAGAGGAUGAGAACAGUUACAAACGUCUUUCUUCUAAAUCUGGCCAUCAGCGACUUAUUAUUAGGAGUUUUUUGUAUACCAUUCACUUUAACAGGGGUUCUUCUGAGAAAAUUUGUAUUUGGUGCUGUCAUGUGUCGACUUAUUUCUUAUUUACAAGCUGUUUCUGUAAGUGUCAGCGCUUGGACCUUAGUUUCUAUGUCUAUAGAACGUUAUUAUGCAAUUUGUCACCCUCUAAAAUCUCGUCAAUGGCAGACUCUGAGCCACGCUUACAAAAUGAUCGCCAUUGUUUGGUCCGGUUCCCUCAUCUGUAUGUUUCCUAUCGCAUAUCUGAGUAAAUUACAAUCCAUCAAGGGUACAGAUAAAUAUAAAUGCCGAGAGAAUUGGCCAAAUCUUUUUACUGAACGACUUUUUACUAUAUUUUUGGACGUCGUGCUUCUAGUUGUACCUCUUGUUAUCAUGUCUGUGACUUUGAUUAUCAGGACACUGUGGAAGACUAUAAGACCAAUACACGAUUUCGAAAUUCGCAGGAAAUCCAACUUUUCCAGUGAAUUCACAGAAUCUACAGCUUGGACAUCCGAUAAAUUAUGUCAUCCCGUAAUAGGAAAAGAGCAUCUGCUCCAGAGAGAAGCAGUUAGAAGCAGCAACCUAGAUAGAUCCCUUUUACAGAAAAAACGUGUUAUCAAAAUGUUAUUUGUAGUGGUUUUAGAAUUCUUUAUUUGUUGGACACCUCUCUAUACCAUAAAUACUAUUAGUAUGUAUGAUCCCGAAUCUGUUUACGUGGGCCUAGGAUAUUACGGUAUAUCUUUCUUCCAGCUUUUAGCUCACAGCUCUUCGUGUUGUAAUCCAAUCACGUAUUGCUUCAUGAACUACAAGUUUCGUCAGAGUUUCCUGGCUUUGUUUCGCUGUCAACAGAACAGAUGGAGAACACACGACGUGUCCUCUUUGGCUGUUGUCAACUCCUCGAGACAUCUUAACUACGUCAAGACUAAAAAGCUAUACAAGAAGGAAGAGAAUUAUGUAACGUGAUCGUUUUUAAAUUAAUUUCUUCUGGUAAUAUUAUAAAUUUUUUUAUUAUUAUUAUUUAAAUUCUCUUCCAAUUUAUUUAUCUUUAUUUUAAGAUAAUUAUAUACUGUAUGAAUGUAUAUUAAAUACAAUAAAUAACUUCAUUUAAUUGACUCGUUUAAUCUAUUCUCUAUGCAGAUUUGUCUGGUAAAUUAUCUUGCCCUUCACUUUUUAUAGUAGAGUACAGUAAAAUCUAUCCAAAGAGAAACCUAUAUAAAACGGAAACCUGCCUAAACAGGAGAAAUUCUUAGAAAAGAAGCGUGUUCUGUGUACCUUACGAGUCCGGUUUACACAGGUUUUGCUGUAUAUAAGAAAAAAAAGACAUAAUGUUCAACGUUACUAGCUGUUUAUUACCAGUUACAUAAUAUUACCUUGCAAUCUGAUCACACAGCAAAGAGUGUCUUUUUGAUUU